UAUUUUUUCUUCAAUACUGUAAGUGAUAUGUGAAAAUUUAUAAUUAGCAUAACAUUAGAAUAUAAAUGGUAAGUGAAGAUUGAAUAUAUAAACUAAAUGACGUUUAGGAAAACAACUCAAGAUAAAUAACAACUAUACUUAAAUCGAGAUGAAGUUUACUUUAUUCAAAUACUUGAUCAUAUUUUACACAUUCUUAACCGUAGCAUUUGCUAUGGGUGAAGGUUAUGAAGAGUUAACUACCUGUUUAGGUGAUAGCGUAAGUGAUUAUAAUGUAUAUUUUGAUUCUAGAAGUCCAGUGACGGUUGAACCAAGAGAAUUUCGUGACUUUGAUGCCGGUUUAGACUUGAUUGUUAUAGAAUGUAUUAACUAUUUGAAUCUUACUCAAAUUGUCAGAACUAGAGGUAAUGAUGACUAUUUAGAAUCAAUUCUUUCAGAAGAUGAAUUUGAACAUUCAGAUGGAACUAUUGACUACAUCAGUCAAUCUCAUCUUUUGCUAUUUAACUAUAAAUAAUCUUAUUAGACUGUUGAAGCUAUAUAUGUAGUAAUAUUAAUUUAGGUGUGUGGCACUAUAUGCAGUAUUUGGUAAAUUUAAUCUGUUUCAACACGCAAUCAAAUCUAAAUAGUUAACAAGGCUAAGUAAUACAAACUUUGAAUAUCAUAUUGUAAUCCAACUUCACAUCAUGUCAUAUUCACAAUCCAAUGAUGCAGGAGUGUCA